UUUGGCUGCUCCCUCUUGAGUAGCCAGGCGAAAAGCUCCUGCGGUGCAUUAAGCUACAAAAUGAGGGCAUGCUUCGUACAAGAAGAAACCCACCAAAGUUAGCAAAAAUAUAUUUAUGACCAUAUGUGAGGAGUCGGUAGGAACACUAUUGAAAGCUGUUAAUAAAACCAGCUUAUGUAUCCGCGAGACUAGGAUGAAGUUAUUCCAAAGCGGCUGACGAAGACGACACAGACGCCAUCUAGCUGCUAACGAUGUGGGAAUAAGAAAACAACAAGUUGCCACAGAAACUUAGAUGUUAUGUAAAAGGCGUAACUAAUAUUAAGCGGAUCUUGGUUUCGAAUAAAGUAAAAAUUGGGUUUUUAAUCACUCGGAUGCACAUCGAAAAGUUAUGGCAUUUUUGAUAUUCAAAUUAUUAACUAAUUUCUGUUAUCUAAACUUACAGUUGUGUCUACAUCUUCCGAUGAACAAUCCGUAUUGUGAAUCCCUUUAUCGGAAUUUGAUUACAGAGCUCUGAAACUUUUAAUUUUUUUUAUAAGAAGUAAAGCAAUUCUACCUUAAUUACUUAUAAAUAAAUUAACAACAAACACACAAAUUUUAUAUAUUAUCGCCCUUUGUAUUUUAGCGUCUAUACCAUACGUAUAUAAAUAUUGGGUUAGUAAAGAACAAAUUGCUUAAUUUUCAUUGUCACAUCAAGCGAAAACGUUAAGGUAGAACAUAACCAAAAUGGAUGCCAGAGAUUUAGGAGGCGCGUCGCUGCUUUAUUCCCAUGACGACGAGCCGCGUAUUGCUGACUUAUUCGCCGCACAAGUAAACUUCUUCAAAGCCACUGGACAAAUUCCAUUCAAUGUAGGCUGUGGACUGGGCUAUAUCUACUGCUGCUUCUUCAUUACGCAAUCCGUCCACAUGGCUGUGCUUUUCAUGAAGACCUCCUACGAUAUGUUACUCAGCGGCAAACUAGAAGAGAUCACCGACGCACUCACCAUGACCAUCAUAUUUUGGUUUAGCGUUUAUGCAGCUUCCUAUUGGUUGCUGCGUUGGCAACGUCUGUUGGAUUUUUUGCAACGCAUCAAUCAAUAUUAUUGGCAUCACUCGUUGCCUGGCUUGAGCUUUGUUAGCGCGCAUCGCACUUUUAUUUUGGCUAAGCGUAUGACUAUUACGUGGACGCUAACCUGCAUAGCCGGUACGGUGCUGUAUGGUUUAGCUCCACUGGUCAUGGGUGUGCGUACACUACCACUGAAGUGCUGGUAUCCCUUUGAUCCGUUGCAACCUUAUGUCUACGAGCUGGUGUAUGCUUUACAAUUUACGGCUCAGAUAAUAAUGGGUGCCACUUUCGGCAAUGGCUCCGCUUUGUACGUUUCCUUGGUUAUACUCAUGUGUGGACAGUUCGAUGUGCUUUACUGCAGUUUGAAGAACUUGAGUUACUAUGGUCGUUUGCGCGCCCGCUGUGAUGUGGAUAAAUUGCGCAAUGAACAAGCCGCCCUGCCAAAACUUUCCGACGACGAACUGAAUCAGUAUAUGUAUUGCGAAGAACACUUAACCAACCUCUCGACACUUCAACAUUUAUACAUCCAAAAGCCGGCAGUGAUGUUACCGGAAGCCCUGCAUUUGGCUGUAGUGCAGUGUGUGCAAUUGCAUCGUUUUAUCCUGGAUGUCUGCAAGGAGAUGGAGGAACUUUUUAAUCCUUUUUGCCUUGUUAAAUCGAUACAAGUAACUUUGCAGCUUUGUUUAUUGGUCUUCGUUGGCGUUGCGGGCGAACGUUCGAUAGUGCGCAUUUUGAAUUUGGCCCAAUAUGUGACUCUGACAUUUAUCGAGUUGUUGAUGUUCACUUACUUUGGUGAGUUGUUGCGCGGGCAUAGUGUGCGCUGUGGUGAGGCGUUUUGGCGUUCGCAGUGGUGGACCCACACCGCUGCCAUACGUCAGGAUAUACUCAUUUUAUUGGCGAAUAGUAAGCGUGCAGUUCGUCUGACGGCGGGUAAAUUUUAUGCUAUGGAUGUGGAGAGACUGCGCUCGGUGGUCACUCAAGCAUUUUCAUUUUUGACACUGCUACAGAAGUUAGCGGCUAAAAAUCCGAAGUGAACAAUGUAGAUGUAGUUGACUCAAUAAAUAUUGUGUAUGUGUUUGGAAAUAAAUAGUAAAAAAACUUGAAGUUUCAAGAUUGAAUCUCAUUGCCUCAAUGAGUUAGAGUCAGUUCGAUAGAAUGAAGUCUUUCAAAGAUUCUCUUAUACUUCGCGUUAUGGGUCGUAGAUACAAUGACUGUUGGACAUAUUAUAUCUUGAAA